CCCCACCAGCUUCUUGAAUGGGUGCUGGAGAUGCGUGUCCGUCUUACUGCGGUCGGUCUGACAAUGGGUCGGUCGAAGCCAUGGCCGCGGCUACAGUAACCGCUAGCUGGCAACGCCCUCCAGUCCUGACGUGUUUCCAGCAUAUAAACCCGUGCCUGGCGCCAACAAUGCUAAACUCAUCAUAAGCAGUCCAAGUCUGGAAAGCCGAAUCCAUCGCACUCCGCGUCCCCAUGGAGUCAAAACCCGCGACGGUGCUCUCAGCAGAGCAGCUCGCAGCCCUCGCCAACGAGGCCUUCAAGGGCUACAUCGGUAACAUCGUGAGCUUUACUGCCGAAACCCUCAACAAGUGGCUCAAUGACAACUUCGUCUCCUUGCCCCUCAGCCAUAUCUUCUUCUCUCCCGACAACCCUGAGGAGCCAAUCGCGUUCGGCCUCAUCGCAACGCACGAUGCGCGGCCGGGAAAGUCUCGUCUUGGUGCCAUGGGCGUCGUGCCCGCAUUCCAGGGAAAGGGCGUCGGCAGCCGUGCCCUUACCACCAUCAUUGAAGCCGAGCGGAGCAGGGGCGUGUCCGUCUUUGAGCUCGAGUGCAUCAAGCAGAACACGCGCGGCGUGCAGAUGUACAAGCGCGCAGGCUUCGAGAUUCACCGUGAACUGGUCGGCUGGCAGCGUGAUGCUCCCGAAAACGACGAGUUCCAGAACAAUCCUGAGCUGGAAGCGUGUUCGUUCGAUGAUGUGGACAAGAUUGUCAAGACGCAUGGUGCGACAGACCUGCCAUGGCAGGCCUGGGGCUUUACGCAAGACAGCAAGGCGCAGCGCGCAUAUCGUCUGGACAACGCCUACUGUGUCAUCUCAAAUCCCGAAGACGAUGAGAAAGAUACCGUCAGAAUGCAGUGUCUCAUUGUGGACCCAUCAGCACGAGGGCGGGGUGAGGCAUCUCAACUGAUCAAGGCUCUGAUGGGCCGAUAUCCGACCAAGAAAUGGGCCGCAGGAGCGAUAUUCCCGAAAGAAUACGGGGAACAGAUUGCAGAAAAGUUGGGUUUCUCUGGGUUGGAUAUGUACCAGUAUCAAAUGUAUCUCAAGCUCGACCAGUAAGGUUUUGCAACGAGGAGCAAAGAGAUAGGGACGUCGGGCUCAUAGCAUAGAGAUACAAUCUGACAACUUGUCUGUAUGUAAUGUAA